CAGUCACUACUCUUCCAGAUUCUCAAUGCCGAACACGAAAGACAACUUGUUCUACAGCUUCAACUUAGGCCCGGCUCACUUCAUAGGGUUUUCAACAGAGGUGUACUACUUCCUAGGUUACGGCAUCAAACAGGUGGUUCUGCAAUAUGAGUGGUUGGAGAAUGAUUUGAAGGAAGCCACAAAACCAGAGAACAGAGCUAAGCAUCCAUGGAUCAUCACGUUUGCCCAUCGACCCAUGUACUGCUCUGAUGACGACGGAGACGACUGCCUAAACUACGAAUCUCUUGUUCGUUCAGGAUUGCCAAUCGUCAAAUGGUUUGGCCUUGAAGAUCUGUUUGUGAAGUACGGAGUGGACCUGGAGAUCUGGGCUCAUGAACACUCUUAUGAGCGGCUGUGGCCUGUGUAUAAUCACAAGGUGUACAAUGGUAGCUGGGAACAUCCUUACACUAAUCCUGGGGCUCCUGUGCACAUAAUCACCGGCUCUGCUGGGUGUGAUGAAAAGGUAGACCCUUUUAUCAAGAAUCCUCGGGAGUGGUCAGCCUUCAGAUCCUCGGACUAUGGUUACACUCGGCUGCAGAUCCACAACUCUACUCAUCUCUACAUGGAGCAGGUCUCCGAUGAUCUGGAUGGCGCAGUGAUUGACUUCGUUUGGCUAAUCAAAGAAAAGCACGGCCCUUAUAAACUGGACAUGAAACCGUAAACCUUCAUAGUCAUCAUAUGAACCUACUCUGUAAUAUACUCUAUCAUAUUAUGAUCACUCUAGUUUACUAGAGUAUGAUUACACUAAGUGUGAUAAAGAAUACCUGUCGAUGUAAUUGUUUGCAUUAAUCAAAGUAGACAUUCAAGUUCAUUAAACGUAUAGAUAAUGGAUUAUUUUGUAUUGGUGAUAGGACUUAUUUUAAAGGUCAAGAAUGUAUUGCCAACAAUUAUUAUGUGAAGCUUAAGUUUAAAGAAUUUCUAAACCUAUAAGAAAAGAUGUACAUUCCGCUUGCAUUUAAUCUUCUAAAAUAUUUGAAGAGAAUAUUUAAAUAUUAAACUUAAUUUGUUCCUGUUUAAGUCAUUGAAUUCAGUUAUUAUUUGUUAAAUAUGUAAUCUUUUGUGUACCGAUGCUCAAAUUUGUGAGUUAUCAAUGGUCAAUGAGAUAAAAACACUCUUUCCCCAAACUGGCACAAUUCUUAUGAAGGGUUAAACAUAAAGAAGAUGCCACUGCAGUACAAACAAUUGAAACAAUUGAGUGAGUUAGAGUUUUUUUCUAGUCUUGUAGCCAAAUUGGAUAGAUUAACACACCCCAAAGCAACAUUAUAGCCCCUGGCAACACAAUUGUUAUGUUUUUAUGUAUGUACCAUAUAUUUUUUAACAAAUAAAUCUCUGUAAAUUUU